AUACAGAAAUUAUCUAUCUAUCAAAAAAGGUUAAUAAAAUUAAUUGUUUAUUAAACCUUUAAGUGUCUUCAAUUCACAAAGUGAUGCAGAAUGACGUCGACUAAUGAAAACUCUCAAAAUUGGAACUACAAAUAUACAGACGUAGAAAAUAAAGACGAAAAUGAAUCCACAAUUGUGCAAGAAAAAUCAAAUUAUAUGCAAGAAUAUCUGUCAACAUUUAUUUCAUCGUUUGGAAUGUUUAUGGUUGGAUUACAUUUUUCAUGGAUUGCACCAAUUUUACCAACCCUUUUAUCGGGUACAUUUAAAGUACAAAUAACAAUGGAACAAUCUGUUUGGGUUAUAUCACUGCUACAAAUUGGAGCUAUUCCUGGUAGUAUUCUUGCAUCUUUUUUAUCAAAUUACUGUGGACGAAAAAAAACGAUAGUGCUGAUUUCAAUACCUUAUGUUGUUUCAUCGAUAAUAAGCAUUUUUGCUGAAAAUGUUUGGCAUUAUUAUCUUGCCCGAUUUCUGGCAGGUUUGAGUGUUGGUGGAACGUAUUCUGUGAUACCAAUGUAUGUGAGUGAAAUUUCUUCAUCAGAAGUUCGAGGUCUUUUAUCAACAUCAGUCCAUAUUUCAUUAAAAUUUGCGGUAAUUUUAGUUUAUAUUUCUGGAGCAUAUUUACCAAUUGUUGAAUAUGGGAUUUUUUGUGCAAUUUUUCCCAUUUUAAUGUUCGUUUUCUCGUUUUUCUUACCAGAAACUCCUUAUUAUUAUGUAGUAAAACAAGAUUUAGAAUUGGCAGAAAAAUCACUAAAAUUUUUGCGAAAAAAAUCGAAUGUUCGAAAUGAACUCGAUUGCUUAAUUGAAGGAUACAAAGAGGAAACUGCUCGAGUAAAACAAUCGUUUUGGGAUCUUUUCAAGUUCGAUUACAAUCGAAAAUCAUUACUUAUUGUUUUUACACUUGUAUUGGCUCAGCAAUGGACUGGCGGAAAAGCAUUUCUCUCAUAUAUUCAAGUAAUAUUUAAAGAUGGAAAUUCAAGUAUAGCUGUGGAAUCUUGCGGAAUUAUUGUAUCUGUCAUUAAUUUUACUACUGUUAUUAUAUGUGGCAGUUUAAUAGAUCGCCUUGGGCGACGAAAAUUACUUUGUUUUUCUUGUUUCGGUAUGUUAAUUCCCUUGUCUGCAUUAUCCAUUUAUUUUUAUUUACAAAACGUUGCCAAAGUUGAAUAUAUCGAAUAUUUACGACUAACACCAUUAAUUGCAUUAGUAAGUUUUAAAAUUGCCUUCGCCAUGGGAAUUUCACCACUUCCUUUCGUACUGUUAGGCGAACUAUUUCCCACAAGUGUAAAAGCUCACGCAGGAUCGUUUAUCACGAUAUGUAUGUCAUUUUUGGGGGUUGCAGCGAAUAAAAUGUAUCAAACGGUUUCAACAGAAUUUGGAUAUCCACCAACUUUUGGAAUGUUUGUUGUAUUAGAUACAUUAGCACUAAUUUUUAUAUAUUUUAUGGUGCCAGAAACUAAGGGAUUAACUUUAGAAGAAAUUCAAAUGAAUUUGAGAAAAUCAACUAAACAAAAAAAGUAG